AUGGGGGAUCAGCAGCUGUACAAGACCAACCACGUGGCCCACGGCAGUGAGAACCUUUUCUACCAACAGCCACCACUCGGCGUCCACGGCGGGCUGAACCACAACUAUGGGAAUACAGUCACGGGGGCUGGAAUGGAUGCCCCUCAGGCAUCACCCAUUUCCCCCCACUUCCCUCAAGAUACUCGGGAUGGUCUAGGCUUGCCUGUUGGCUCCAAAAACCUUGGCCAAGUGGAUACCUCGAGGCAGGGAGGGUGGGGUGGCCACGCAGGGCCUGGGAACCACGUCCAGCUCCGUGGCAACCUGACCAACUCAAACAUGAUGUGGGGGGCACCAGCCCAGGCUGAGCCCACCGAAGGCUACCAGUACACCUACUCCCAGGCCAGCGAGAUCCGGACCCAGAAGCUCACCAGCGGUGUCCUGCACAAGCUAGACUCUUUCACCCAGGUGUUUGCCAACCAAAACCUGCGGAUCCAGGUCAACAAUAUGGCCCAGGUGCUGCACACCCAGUCAGCAGUGAUGGAUGGAACCCCUGACAGUGCCCUCCGCCAGCUGCUGUCCCAGAAGCCCAUGGAGCCCCCAGCACCGUCUGUCCCUUCCCGCUACCAGCAGGUGCCCCAGCAGCCUCACCCAGGUUUCACUGGGGGGCUGUCCAAACCAGCUCUUCAGGUCGGGCAGCUCCCUAGCCAAGGGCACCUGUACUAUGACUACCAGCAGCCACUGGCUCAGAUGCCAGUGCAGGGAGGACAGCCGCUGCAGGGCCCCCAGAUGCUGUCCCAGCACAUGCAACAGAUGCAGCAGCACCAGUAUUACCCGCAGCAGCAACAGCAGCAAGCGGGGCAGCAGCGUAUGUCCAUGCAAGAAAUGCAGCCGCCGCAGCAGACUCGCCCGUCACAGCUCCAGCCGCAGCAACAGCAGCAGCUGCAGCAGCGGCAGGGUUCAAUGCAGAUACCUCAGUAUUAUCAGUCCCCACCCAUGAUGCAGCACUUGCAAGAGCCGCAGCAGCAACAGAUGCACCUGCAGCCCCCUUCUUAUCACAGGGACCCCCACCAGUACACCCCGGAGCAGGCACAUGCUGUGCAGCUGAUCCAGUUGGGCUCCAUGCCCCAGUACUACUACCAGGAGCCCCAGCAACCCUACAGCCACCCCCUCUACCAGCAGAGCCACCUGUCCCAGCACCAGCAGCGUGAGGACAGUCAGCCCAAGACUUAUCCAGGCGAAAGGCAGGCCCAUGCCAUGCUGAGCUCCCAUGGGGACCUGGGGGCAUCUGAUACAGGAAUGGGAGACCCAGCCAGCUUGGACCUGAACCGGGUUAGCGGUGCCCUCCCCCAUCGGCCGCUCUUGUCCCCCAGUGGGAUCCACCUCAACAACGUGGGGCCUCAGCACCAGCAGCUGUCUCCCAGCGCCAUGUGGCCCCAGAUGCACCUACCAGAUGGCAGAGCCCAGACAGGGUCCCCUGAGUCAAGCGGCCAGCCGAAAGCAGUGUUUGGGGAACAGAUGGAUGCCAAGAGCAAGCUGACCUGCUCCAUCUGCCUGAAGGAGUUCAAGAGCCUGCCUGCCCUGAAUGGCCACAUGCGGUCCCACGGGGGAAUGAGGGCCUCCCCCAGCAUCAAACAGGAGGAAGGAGAGAAGGCCCCGCCACCGCAGCCCCAGCCACUGCCGCCUCCACUGCCACCGCAGCUCCCUCCUGAGGCCGAAAGCCUCACGCCCAUGGUCAUGCCCGUGUCUGUCCCUGUCAAGCUUCUCGUGCCCACGCCCAGCUCUCAGGGCUUCGCCAGCAGCGUCGCCGCCGCCCCCUCCGCCAGAGACAAGCCAGCCAGCGCGAUGUCGGACGACGAGAUGCCCGUGCUCGUGAGGAUGACCCUCUCUCCCCCACACUCACCCCCGGGGGCUGUCCCCUGCACGCCCGCUGACGCUCCCAGGAAGCCCCAGCCCGGGGUCGCCAAGGCCGAGCAGCCCGCGCCGCCGGCGCCCGCACCCGCUCCGGCUCCGGCUCCGGCUCCGGCGCCCACACCCGCACCCGCACCAGCACCCGCACCCGAGAGGAAGAAGUUCCGGCAUCGCCCGCAGCCGCUCUUCAUCCCGCCGCCCUCCCUCCACCCCGGCCCCGCCUCCCACUCGGGCGCCACCCUCUACCAGAGCCAGCUGCGCUCCCCGCGCGUCCUGGGGGACCACCUGCUCCUGGACCCCGCCCACGAGCUGCCCCCCUACACGCCCCCGCCCAUGCUGAGCCCGGUGCGCCAGGGCUCGGGCCUCUUCAGCAAUGUCCUCAUCGCGGGGCACCCCGGCGCCCACGCCCAGCUGCCCCUCACGCCCCUGACGCCCACGCCGCGCGUGCUGCUGUGUCGCUCCAACAGCAUCGAUGGCAGCAACGUGACAGUCACCCCCGGGCCUGGAGAGCAGACCGUCGAUGUUGAACCGCGCAUCAACAUUGGCUUGAGAUUCCAAGCAGAGAUCCCAGAACUUCAGGAUGUCUCUGCCGUGGCCCAGGACACACACAAGGCCACACUGGUUUGGAAGCCCUGGCCAGAGCUGGAAAACCACGACUUCCAGCAAAGAGUGGAGAAUCUCCUGAAUUUGUGCUGUUCAAGUGCGUUGCCAGGUGGAGGGACCAAUUCUGAAUUUGCUUUGCACUGUCUCUUUGAGGCCAAAGGCGAUGUGAUGGCUGCUCUGGAAAUGCUGCUGCUGCGGAAGCCAGUCAGGUUAAAAUGUCAUCCUUUAGCCAAUUACCACUAUGCCGGUUCGGACAAGUGGACCUCCCUAGAGAGAAAACUGUUUAACAAAGCACUAGCCACUUACAGCAAGGACUUCGUUUUUGUACAGAAGAUGGUGAAGUCUAAGACGGUGGCUCAGUGCGUGGAGUACUACUACACGUGGAAGAAAAUCAUGCGCUUGGGACGGAAGCACCGGACACGCCUCACAGAGCUCGCGGAUGAGUGUAUGACAAGUGAAGAAGAAGAAGAGUUGGAGGAGGAGGAGGAGGACCAGGAAGAAGAUAGGAAAUCCACAAGAGAAGAGGAGAGUGAAGUGCCCAAGUCCCCGGAGCCGCAGCCAGGCCCUGUCCUGGCUCCCGCGGAGGGGCCGCCCCUGCAGGCCCUCGGCCAGCCCGCAGGCUCCUUCACCUGUGAAAUGCCCAACUGUGGGGCUGUGUUCAGCUCCCGACAGGCACUGAACGGCCACGCCCGCAUCCACGGUGGCACCAACCAGGUGACCAAAGCUCGGGGCGCUGUCCCCUCUGGGAAGCAGAAGCCUGGCAGUGCCCAGAGCGGGUACUGCUCGGUGAAGAGCUCGCCCUCUCAUAGCACCACCAGCGGCGAGACAGACCCCACCACCAUCUUCCCCUGCAAGGAGUGUGGCAAAGUCUUCUUCAAGAUCAAAAGCCGAAACGCACACAUGAAAACUCACCGGCAGCAGGAGGAACAGCAGAGGCAAAAGGCUCAGAAGGCGGCUUUUGCGGCGGAAAUGGCAGCCACGAUCGAGAGGACUACGGGGCCGGUGGGGGCGCCGCGGCUGCUGCCCCUGGACCAGCUGAGUCUGCUCAAACCCAUCAAGGACGUGGACAUCCUCGACGACGACGUUGUCCAGCAGCUGGGCGGCGUCAUGGAAGAGGCCGAGGUCGUGGACACCGACCUCCUCUUGGAUGAUCAAGACCCGGUUUUGCUUCAGGGCGACACGGAACUGUAAAGGCCUGCUUGUCACUUAGAGACGGCGAAGCUCACGGCCUCCGUCUUCAUUCAUCAGGAAGCCUGGACUGCCUGCUUGUUGUGUAGCCAUUUUAAACUACCUGUUUAAAAAAUGGUCGUUUUAUUCAGGUUUAGAAGAAAAAGAUCCAGUUUCUUUUCCUUUUAUUUAAAUUUGUUUUUUUGUGGGAGGUUGGGGGGAAUAAAUAAUUGGCACAACUCUC